AUGCUGGGCGCCGUGGAGCUGCUGCUGCUGGGGGCGGCGUGGCUGGCGGGCCCGGCCCGCGGGCAGAACGAGACGGAGCCCAUCGUCCUGGAGGGCAAGUGCCUGGUGGUGUGCGACUCCAACCCCACGUCCGACCCCACGGGCACGGCUCUGGGCAUCUCCGUGCGCUCCGGCAGCGCCAAGGUGGCUUUCUCGGCCAUCAGGAGCACCAACCACGAGCCGUCCGAGAUGAGUAAUCGCACCAUGAUCAUCUACUUCGACCAGGUAUUAGUAAACAUCGGGAACAACUUUGAUUCAGAACGCAGCACUUUCGUUGCCCCGCGCAAAGGGAUCUACAGUUUUAACUUCCACGUGGUAAAAGUCUACAACAGACAGACCAUCCAGGUGAGCCUCAUGUUAAAUGGGUGGCCGGUGAUUUCAGCCUUUGCUGGUGACCAGGACGUGACCCGGGAGGCCGCCAGCAACGGAGUCCUAAUCCAGAUGGAGAAGGGCGACCGAGCAUACCUCAAAUUGGAGCGGGGGAACUUGAUGGGGGGCUGGAAGUACUCAACCUUCUCCGGAUUCCUGGUGUUUCCCCUCUGACUGGCUCAUCGCUAGAAUGGAGGCAGGGAGAGGGUAAAGACAAGAGGGGAGUGAGAAACAGGCUGAAAUUUACAGGGCGAGAAAGCUGCAGGACUUGAAACUUUCUACCUGUUCCGCAGCGGCAUCCGGGUAAAGGUGCGGGCCUGCGGUGGGACGGAGUUUUCUGCUUCCUCAGUAGAAGUAAAUUCUGCUUAGCUCUGCUCACUCUCAUUUCCAAAAGUAAACUCACCUCCCCCACUCUAGUUGCAGUGAUCAUGAAAGAGCUGCCUUGUCGUUGUUUCUUACCCCCACGUUCAUGUUCCCUACAAUUUAUUUAAAAGAAACUUUGUAUUUCACUGUGUAACGUGAAAUAUUUCUCUCCCCAUUUCUCCUCUGAAUUCUUCCACCUGCCGAAAUCUAAUACGCCCCGACUUUUUUUUUUUAGUUUGGGGAAGGCUUAAGGUUUUUUUUGUUUUUGGAUGGGUGAGGUAGUUUUAAUUUGGCAAAUGCUACUCUUCUUAAAAGAUGCUUGAGAGUUAAUUAGCUGAAGACACUUUGUGUCCUCGGCUGCUUGGUAGCAGAGAAAGGACUCGCCUUAGUGGUGACUGGUUUAAAAAUUAUAUAUAUAUAUAAAUAUAUCAUUUGUAUGCGAAAAACUCUUCCCAGUGGAAACUGACUGUAUUUCUGUAUUUCUAUGUUCUGUUUGGAGUGACCGUGAAAUUUAAGGCUGCUUGAUGUUCUGAUGCUUGUCAAUGCCCUCCUGCUCUGUGCGGCAUCACCAAACGCCAGGAGGUCCUUCCGGACGCUUUCUCGUCCUCUGUAACAUACGUGUGAAUAGCCAAGAUUUAAUUUUGCUUUAAUCCAAUAAAGUUGAAGUGAGACUUUUAUUUUUCUGAGACAGCUUUCUGAGCUCUGCGUCCUCCCCAGCCGCAAGGUUGGGGCAGAGCGGAAGGGCGAGGUUCGGAGGUAACACACCCUCGAAAAGCCCGCAUGAGGGCUUCCUCCCGGUGGGGCGAAGUCGACCUUGCGCUGCGAAGCCUGGGGCCCGCCUAGCAAGUGCCUGCGCUCUUUGCUUUGGCGCAAACAUAAGAAAUGUGGCCGAAUUUCUGCUAGG